AACGUGGAUUCAUAGAGAGAAGCUGCAGGCCAAGGAAGGAAGAGGGAAGUGAAAUCUGGAGUGGAGAAGGCAGGCUGUGCAAGAAGGACACAUUUCCCUCUCUGAUCUGCAAGUUCUAUGAAGAGAGUUUUCAGGUGGGAGAGACAGGAAGUCUGUACCGAGUCCUGAGCAGCAGCAUUGCAGAAUCAGACAUCAAGCGCAGCCCUGAGCUCCUGAGGUCCUCUCUGGGAGAUGCUGCUCCUGCCACUUGUGUUGCUAGCUGUGCUCUUCCCAGCUGGGGACAAUCAGGAUGCCUUCCAGGAUCCAAUCCGUCUGCACUGCAUUCAGAUCUCAUCAUUUGCCAACAGCACGUGGGCACAAACUCAAUUUUCAAGCUGGCUGAAUGAUUUGCAGAUUCAUGGCUGGGACCGUGAGUCAGCCACUCCCAUAUUUCUGAAGCCUUGGUCCAAGGGGAAUUUCACUGAUGCUGAAGUGACAGAGCUGUUGGAGCUAAUCCGAGUGUACUACUACGGAUUCAUUGAUGAAGUGCAAAAACAUGCCAGUGAUUUCCAGUUGCAAUAUCCCUUUGAGAUCCAGGGCACAGCAGGCUGUGAGCUGCAUUCUGGGGGAGCCAUCCUAAGCUUCCUGACAGGAGCAUUAGGAAAACAGGAUUUACUGUAUAUCAAGAAUCACUCCUGUGUACCUGCACCAGAAGGUGGCAGAAGAGCUCAGAAGUUCUGCACAUUCAUUGACCAGUACAAAGGUAUCUCGGAAAUCGUGGACACUCUCCUCUAUAAAACCUGCCCCGGAUAUCUCUUGAGCCUUCUUGAAGCGGGAAAGGAGGAUCUGGAGAAGCAAGUGAAGCCUGAAGCCUGGCUGUCCAGUGGCCCCAGUGCUGGGCCUGGCCAUCUGCGGCUGGUGUGUCAUGUCUCUGGCUUCUACCCAAAGCCUGUGUGGGUGAUGUGGAUGCGAGGUGAGCAGGAGCAGCUGGACACCCAGAGAGAUGACUUCCUGCCCUAUGCUGAUGGGACGUGGUAUCUGCGAGCAACCCUGGAUGUGAAAGCUGAGGAGGCGAAGGGCCUGAGCUGCCAUGUGAAGCACAGCAGUCUAGGGGGACGGGCCAUCGUCCUCUACUGGGGGUACUCUGUCUCUGUUGGUUUAAUCAUUGCUGCAGUAAUAGUGCCUUGCUUGAUCCUUUUGCUGUGCCUUGCACUGUGGUUUUGGAAGCGCUGGUCAUAUGAUGGUAUUCCAUGAGCUCCCAACCUUUCUUCCCUCUCAUUUGGAAUAAGUACCAAGACACUGAGAAACCUGUGGACUCAAGAGACAGUUUUGUUAUGUCAAUAAUUAUUGUUUUGGCAGGAAAUCAUGAGCUUCAUAUCAUUUUUUCAGUUAAUAUGUGUUACAAUGACUGAUUGCUCAUAUGGCAAAACAAAACUCUAUGGUUUCAUCUUUCCUACUUGUUGAGAAUGUAUGCAUUUGGAUUUAGUUUGAGAAUAUUUGGUUCUAGUUUUUCAUCUACCUGUAUUUGUUUCUAGCUUUAUUCUUGUUAGGUAUUGGUAUGAAUGAGUUUUUGACUUCAUAAGA